AUGGAGAGCAGGGCUGAUUUCAGGUCGAUUCUACCGUUUCUGCCUGUGAUCCUCCGAUCUUCCGCCGUCCUCUGGCCUCCUUCGGUGGUGGAAGCCCUCAAGUCCCUCUCCAAAGGUCCGAUUCACAGCAAUGUCAAUUCUGGUCAACUCUUCGCCCUCGCCCUUGCUGACCUGCGCAAUUCUCUUGGGCUUCACCCUAUCAGCCCCUCCGCUUCACUUGGAUUCUCUCUCUUCUUUGACGAUUUGAUGAAUAAGGAUGAGGCUGAAAACUGGUUUCAACAAGUGGUUCCACGACUUGCUGAUUUGCUGUUGAGGUUACCAGCAUUAUUAGAUUCCCAUUAUCAGAAUGUAUCUACUUCAAACAAGACACCAACUGGUCUUAGAUUGUUGAGAUCCCAGCAGUCGGGCAUUGUGUUUCUUAGUCAGGAACUGAUUGCAGCUCUCCUGGGUUGUGCUUUAUUUUGCUUGUUUCCAACCUCUGAUAGAGGCGCCAAACAUCUUCCACAUAUCAACUUUGAUGAUUUAUUUGCGUGUCUAUAUGAGUUUUACGAAAUGGCUCAGGAAAAUAAAAUAAAGUGCAUUGUUCACUAUUUCGAGAAGAUAUGUUCAAGUAUGCCUGUGGGUAAUGUCUCCUUUGAGCGCAAGGUCCUCCAUUUGAAGAACAGUCCAUCAGACAUUGUUUACCCGGAAGCUGAUUUCUGGAGCAAAUCCAUGGUCCCUCUCUGCCAAUUGGAGGUUCGAAGUACUGGUUUAAUUGAAGAUCAGCCAAAGGAAGCUCUUGAAGUAGAUUUUGCAAAUAAAUACAUCGGUGGUGGUGCUCUGAGCAGGGGCUGUGUUCAGGAAGAAAUACGUUUCAUGAUCAAUCCCGAAUUGAUUUUCAGCAUGCUUUUCCUUCCCUCAAUGGCAGAUAAUGAGGCUAUCGAGAUUGUUGGUCCCGAAAGGUUCUCAAACUACACUGGCUAUGCUAAAUCCUUCCGCUUUUGUGGAGAUUACGUGGAUCAAAAGGAUGUGGACACAAUGGGAAGGCGCAGGACGAGAAUAAUUGCGAUUGAUGCUCUUUGCAACCCAGGAAGGAGACAGUACAGUCUAGAAUGUCUCCUUCGUGAAACUAACAAAGCAUUCUGUGGCUUUCUUAAUCAACGUAAAUUCACAAAUGAACCCACGGAAGUUGCAUCCAUUUCCUCUCGAACAGAUGAAGAAAUCAAUUAUCAGGCAAACCAAGAAAACGAGGGACAAAUGCAUGAGAUUGGUGUUGCUACCGGUAACUGGGGAUGUGGGGCCUUUGGGGGAGAUCCUGAAGUUAAAGUUGUGGUCCAAUGGCUGGCGGCUUCUCAAGCACGAAGGCCAUUUAUAUUAUACUACACAUUUAGUUUGGAGUCGUUGCAGAAGCUUGAUCGAGUGGAACGGUGGAUUUUGUCUCAGGAAUGGACUGUUGGUGACCUUUGGAAUAUUUUGGUGGAAUAUUCGACUCAAAAGCUGAAAGGGGAGACCACCGAUGGUCUCUUCAGAUGGCUCAUUCCAUCCUUAUAUGAUGGCAAUGACGAUCGAAUGGAUGUCGAUGCACCUCACACUACAUGA